AUGGUGGGAGGGAGGAGUGGGCAGAGAAUUGCAUUGUACUGUACAAAACUUUGUCAAACAGGUCGAAAUUAAACUUCAGUUUAUAGAAUUGGGAGUUAGGAAAAAAUUCUGAGUAUCCUAGUAUCGUUACAUAGUUGGUAAAUUUGAUCCUGAUUGGCAGAUUUGACCUAAAAAUAAUCAAAAGAUAAUAAAAAUGAAAAACCUGUGGUGGUGAGUUUUAGGAGAACUAUUUUCAAAGAUAUAAUUGUGCUGGUACUAGGACUUAAGAAAGCCUUGUGCAGUGAUUACAUGGAAAUUGCUCUGUUUUUAGGGGUUUUUUCAGGAACUAUCCAUAACGUCACUAACAAACGCGGGAACCAGUUAGUAGAGAUAAAUGUGCUGCUUAGGCAUUGUUCCAAUGGAAUUAUUCCGUGAUCAAACUAAUGCUUGUGUCAUCACAUCCCACAAAAUUGACAACACUGUAAUCUCUGUGAGUUCUUAAUAAUGAUAAGAGUCUCAGUCUGAGUGGUGAGAGGGGCAACGUUCACAUCCAAAUGCAGAGUUUCCCACGGUUGAGCCAGCACAGACCUUUGUAGCAAAUAAUGAAAUGAACCUUUUCCAAUCAUUCUGUUUCCUGUGAGCAAAUAUUCUAUUCCUCACUGUCCAUAAUGAAAUCCUACUAAGUGCAGGGUAGCUAUAACAAAACCUUAUCAUCAGCAAUAUUUACCCUACCUGUAAUUCAUUAUCACCCAUUUUAUUCUAGUUCCGAACAGGACCUGCUGUUUGUUCUCUUCUGCACAGAACAAGAGACCAAGCUGAUGAAACUGUCACCCUUGAGCAAGGCGUGGGGUAUAUGUCACAUGAAAUAUUUAUCGUAUAGUUUACCUCUGAAAACAUUGUUAAAAAUACUGUUCCUUAUUUGCUGUUCCAAAGUAAAAACAAAAUGUAAUUAGCUACCAUCUGUUUCUUUGAACAGAUGUUUAUAUAUUUUACGUAUUAGUUACUUGUAAUGAGCUAGAAUCACAGUUUGGGGGAACUUUGGGCUCUUCUUGAGUUGGUCCUGUGCUUGAUGCACCUUCUCACCUUUCUUGUUUUCCUUUAUGGGAUCAUUUACAGUAAAGACAAGAGAAGUUAAUAAAUUGAUAUGAAGUGUGUGGGCAGCUUGUUACUUAUCUCCUGAUGUUUCCAGAGAAAUGUGAGAAAACAGAUGAAUAUGCAUAGAGUAUUUUAUUUCCACCUCUUCUAAUGCCUUUUUAUCAUUUUGGGUUUUUUUAUUUCAGUGUGUUAAUCUGAUGUGUGUGUAUCGGAGCAUCUUUGUCAUAUCUAGAAAACAGUUCCUUCUCAAAUAUCUAAUUGCAGCAGGACCUAGGAGAGGUCUUACGCUGUUCUGUAGACAUUGGGCUGUGGGAACAAUGUAACAACUUUCUAGAACUAUGAAAGCGUUGGGGUUGUAUUUGGGUACAAGAGGCAGAGAAUUCAAGCUGCUCUGGCAGUCAGUUCUCUUCUGUGUGACGAGAACAGCGAAACCGCUGUUGUGUAUCAGAUGAAGGCUCUGCCUGACCUGGUGUCCUGUCUCCAGCAGGGCCAGUCCUAAGCAGAAGCCUGAGGUGCAGCAAAACUAGGGCAAGAAUUUAUGUACUGAUAGUAGUUUCUGGUGCUUAGUCCACAAAUCCUACCUCUCUCUUUGCCCAGGGCUGCUUCCUGCAGUGUAGAGCAAGUGAAGAUGGCAAGUGCUCAGCAGUGAGUACAGUGUCAAAGGUUGUGCUGGCAGAGAUAGGUCAGGAUGUGUUUUCAGGUCCUAAAACUGAACAAGGGGGAUUAUACGUGACUGUCCUUUUAAACAGAAUAGUCCAGGUGGAGGACUUGGAGGAAUUCUGGAGAGACAAGACCAAAUCCCAGUUCUUAUGUGUAUCAUAUGUGAGGAAAGCAAGCAUGAUGAGGGGGAAAAUAUGUAUUUUCCCAGCUCAACAAUCUAGGAUGAUAGCUGUGGAGGAACAUCACCCUGGUCUGUGUAACCUGCUCUGAUCUGGAAAGGCAGGAAAUCCACUAAGAAGAUCAUUGCUGCUUUGUAUUACAGUUCUGGAAUUGGCAAUAGCUGUAAAGCCUUUCCUUUUAGCAGCACGGGACUGAAAGUGUAAAGACUGAAGACUUGUGAGGGUGUAAGUAUAUUCUUGUUGUUUUGGGAAUUCUCAAAACAAUUCUUAAAAAACCCUCCUUCCCUGUCUGCAGAUUUGUUCUGUGGUGGUGCCUUGUUUUAAUGACUAGCACAAUAGUUGGGUGUGCUAGUGUAACAUCUGCUGGCUUUUACUUGGUUUGGAAGUUCUUGAGCUUAAGUCUUAUGUUAAUGUGCCUUAUAUUCAUGACAUGGAUUACUGUGAGACUUCUGAAAGAUUGAUUGAAAAUGGGGAAGGGGUAGUGCAGAGGCAGCUCCUCUUAGCGAUACGCUAUCUUACACAUCAAAAGGGCACAGACGAGAACAUGAGAGAUUGUAAAAGCCCUCAAUUGGGAGGAGUUAGAUAAACACUCACCAAUAACCUGCCUACGUUAAGCCUUUUCCAGAAUGCAUGAGUCUGAGAGAGAAGGGGAGCUAUAAAGGGGGAAGCAGCCAGGAGGGCACCAGAGUGAACUGCCCACAGCUCCCCAAAGGUCGUGGCCCAGGUUCGAAGAGGUGCUUCUGUAAGGAAUCAGUAUGGAGCCUGAGGAGUACAGACAGAGAGGGAAAGAGAUGGUGGAUUACAUUUGCCAGUACCUGAGCAAUGUGAGAGAGAGACGGGUGACUCCCGAUGUACAGCCAGGUUACAUGAGAGCCCAGUUGCCGGAUUCUGCCCCAAUGGACCCAGACAGCUGGGACAACAUCUUUGGAGACAUAGAGAAGAUUAUUAUGCCAGGGGUAGUCCAUUGGCAAAGUCCACACAUGCAUGCCUACUUUCCAGCUCUUACUUCCUGGCCUUCACUCCUUGGAGAUAUGUUGGCUGAUGCAAUUAACUGCUUGGGAUUCACAUGGGCUUCCAGCCCAGCCUGUACAGAACUGGAAAUGAAUGUGAUGGAUUGGUUGGCUAAAAUGCUGGGGCUUCCAGAAAAAUUCCUGCACCAUCAUCCUGACAGUGUGGGUGGAGGAGUAUUACAGAGCACUGUGAGUGAAUCCACCUUGGUUGCACUGCUAGCAGCAAGGAAGAACAAAAUUCUAGAGAUGAAGGUUUCCGAGCCAGACGCCGAUGAGUCCUCGCUCAAUUCUCGCCUCAUCGCUUACGCAUCUGAUCAAGCACAUUCUUCCGUAGAAAAGGCUGGCUUGAUUUCCCUUGUGAAGAUAAAAUUUCUGCCUGUGGAUGAGAACUUUUCCCUCAGAGGUGAAACUUUGAAGAAAGCCAUUGCAGAAGACAGAAAGAAAGGCCUCGUACCUGUCUUUGUUUGUGCAACUUUGGGUACAACUGGUGUCUGUGCUUUUGACAGUCUCUCAGAACUGGGUCCAAUUUGUGAUGCUGAGGGACUCUGGCUUCAUAUUGAUGCUGCAUAUGCAGGAACAGCAUUUGUAUGUCCUGAAUUUAGGCUGUUCUUGGAAGGAAUUGAAUAUGCAGAUUCCUUUACUUUUAACCCUUCUAAAUGGAUGAUGGUUCAUUUUGACUGCACUGGAUUUUGGGUUAAGGAUAAAUACAAAUUACAUCAAACCUUCAGUGUUAACCCUGUCUACCUCAGACAUGCCAACUCAGGAGCUGCAACUGACUUCAUGCACUGGCAGAUUCCACUGAGUCGCCGAUUCCGCUCUUUGAAGCUGUGGUUUGUGCUUCGCUCGUUCGGGGUGAAAAAGCUUCAAGCUCACGUCCGACAUGGUACUGAAACAGCCAAAUUCUUUGAGUCCUUGGUUAAAAGUGAUCCACUUUUUGAAAUUCCUGCGAAGAGGCAUCUUGGACUGGUUGUAUUUCGGCUAAAGGGUCCCAACUGGCUGACAGAAAAACUCCUGAAAGAACUGAGCAGUUCUGGCAGGCUCUUCCUCAUUCCAGCAACCAUUCGUGACAAGUUCAUCAUCCGCUUUACUGUAACAUCUCAGUUCACAACCAGGGAAGACAUUCUGCGAGACUGGGCCAUCAUUCAACACACUGCAGCCCAGAUUGUUAGCCAGAAUUAUGGGCUGCACCGCAUCACUUCUGAUGAUGGGGCAAGAAUCCCUGCUAUGGUAGUAGAGCCCAGUUCUGAUGCCCUUAGUAACGCUUCCCAGCUUUAUCUAGAUGGAGGGAAAUCUAAACCACCUUCCAGAAAAACAGUAGUUCAGCCUAAGAAGUUAUCAGUGAGUCCCAGUACAUGUGUGAUAAGUCAACAAGUGAAAGGUCAAGGGGAUCCUCUAGAUGAUUGUUUUCCAGAAGAUGUCCAGGAUGUUACCAAACAUAAGUUAACCUCUUUUUUAUUCAGUUAUUUAUCUGUUCAAGGCAAGAAAAAGACAGCACGUUCCCUUAGCUGCACCAGCGUGCCAGUGACUGGUAGUCUUGAGCAAUGUAACCCCAAAGCUGCAGCCACUGACAAGGAGGAGUCUCGUGCAAGUGCCAGAGUUCUUUCCAGCCUCCCCGAAGACAUGAUGAUGUUCAAAAAAAGUGCCUUCAAAAAACUAAUUAAGUUCUACAGUGUCCCAAGCUUUCCAGAGUGUAGCAUUCAGUGUGGCCUUCAGCUGCCUUGUUGUCCUCUGCAAGCCAUUGUUUAACAAGUAAGAGAGCUUGGUCCUUAAAAAGAGAACCAAAGUUUGCUUAAUCAUAUGCAAUACCACAUGUUCUUUUGUUCAAUAUGUAAGCAGUGGCAACAGCCACUGAGAAAAUUCCUGUGCUUUUACUGGUGAAAACCUCAUGUAUUUAUAGAUUAAAAUGUCAAAUAAAUCUUGUAGGCAUAUAACAUGAAA